AAAAGGCUCCAACUUACCCGAACAAAAUAUGAUGUCCAGGGUGGCUCAUGGCAUUGUUUCAAAUAUGCGGUCAAUACUUCCGAGGCUCGAGGCUUCAACAAAAGGCGGACUGGGACUAUUUAGAGGAAAAAGUGGCCAGCUGACAGAACACUUUGAAUUGGACGAACCAGUGGCCAAUGAGGAGCUGCGACAGUACACACCUGGCUCGACGGAGCGCGAGGAACUGGAGACUGCAUUGCUGGGGGUGCUCAACCGUGUGGAGCACGUUCCCAUCGUAAUCAACGGUCAGGAGUUCACCGCGGACAAUCAACUACAACAGGUACUGCCCUUCGAUCUUAACGAGCCAAUAGCCCGAUACGGCCACGCUCACCGCGUCCACAUCCAAACGGCCAUGGAGAAGAGCGUUGAGGCGCAGGAGGAUUGGGACAAGACGAAGCUGCGCGAUCGGAUCAAGAUCUGGGAGCGGGGUGCCGAACUAAUUGCUGGACAGUAUCGCUACAAAAUAAUUGCAGCCAUAAUGCUCGGCCAGGGGAAGACCUUGCGCCAGGCCGAGAUGGAUGUGGCUGAACUGGUGGACUUUAUGCGAAUCACUCCGGUGUUCUUGAGGGACUUGGCGAACUAUGAACCCAUUAACAAUUGCCCCGACUCCUGCAAGAAUACGAUGCGGCUGAGAGGACUUACAGGAUUUGUGGCUGCCAUCAGUCCUUUCAACUUUACCAGCAUAGCCGCCAACUUGGUAUACACUCCUGCUUUGAUGGGCAAUGCUGUGUUGUGGAAACCCUCGGACUCGGCCAUCCUAUCCAACUGGUAUGUUUUCAAAGCCAUGCUGGAGGCAGGAGUGCCGGAAGGCGUGGUCAAUUUUGUGCCAGCCGAGGACAUAACCUUCGCUUCCACGGUGACCCAACAUCCCAAGCUGGCGGGCAUUAGUUUCACGGGCACUUCGUCCGUGCUCAAGGUACUGUGGCAACAGGUGGCCCAGAACAUUAAUGAAUAUGAGAACUACCCGCGCUUGGUUGGCGAGGGCGGCGGUAAGAACUUCCACUUCGUGCACCCGUCAGCGGAACCUGAGACGGCCGUAGCCUGUACUAUUCGAGCCGCCUUCGAGUAUGCUGGCCAAAAGUGCUCCUCCUGCUCGAUGCUGUAUGUGCCGGAGUCCCUGUGGGAGGAAAAGAUCAAGGAACCCUUGCUAAAGAUUACAUCGUCAUUGCAUGUGGGCCAUGCCACCUAUUGUGACUGCUUUUGCUCGGCAGUAAUCAACCGGCGUGCCUACGACCGCAUCUUUAUGUGGCUGAAGUAUAUUUCACAGUGCCCCAACUGUCGAAUCCUGACCGGCGGCGGGUGCGAAAAGACGAGAGGCUACUUUGUGGACCCUACAGUGGUACAGGUUCUAGAUCUGGACAACCUCAUUUGCAAGGAGGAGCUUUUGGGCCCCAUACUGGGCGUCUAUGUUUACCCGGACCACAAACUCAAGGAGACCAUGAGCAAGGUGGCCAAGGUAAACCAUGGCCUGAUAGGUUCCGUUUUUGCAAAGGACUCUAACUUCAUACGGGAGGCCUUCGAGGCGUUCCGGUUCAAUGUGGGUAAUCUGAAUGUCAAUGACAAGUCGACGGGAUCCAGGGUGGGUCAGCAGCCCUUCGGAGCAGGUCACAUGACCGGAACAAGUGACAAGUUGGGCAGUCCGCACUCACUCCUGCGGUGGACGUCGCCCCAGUUGAUCAAGGAGUCGUACAAGCCACACGUGAACGUCUAUUAUCCUUACAUGAAGGUCAGCGAGGAGUGGAAGUCUGAGAGUUCUAAAAAGGAGGAUGUUGUCCAUAAUGAACAUAAGGAGGAGGUCAAGCCACUAUCAUGAAGUGUGAUAAUUCAUAAUUUCGAAUCCGGCGAGUAGGUUAAAUUUUUUGUGGAAAAUAAAGAAACGAAUAUGCAUAAAA